AUGGUUAACACUACGCAAUCAAAACUUAGUUCUAAAGAAACCGCAAAGUUGUGUGCAGAAUAUUUUUUGUGUGGAUUUAAAGAUGCUUUCGCUUGGCCUUCAAGUUUGAUCACUAUAUACGGGUAUAUCCUUUUCAAGUCUAAAGCGACGCUUUUUACCUCUUCAAACCAAAGAAACGAUGACGAUGGUAUAUAUGCACCAUUCCUAACAGAUACUAUCGUGGCAUUAACAUAUCAACUGUUUUGGGUAUAUCCAAUUUUUCUACUUAGUUUCGUGUUAAAUGCUAUGUGGUAUCAAGAAAUAGCGGAUCAUGCUUAUCAAAUACAUCAUGGGAAUCCAGUAAAUUCACAAUGGACAUAUAAUCGAGCGCUUGGACUUAUAGCUGCUGAGAUAUAUCGAGCAGUUCUAUUCAUGAAUUAUUUGUUUUUUGCUACAACAAUAUAUAUUUUACCUAUCGUUGGACCUAUUAUUUCUUUCAUAUUUUUUUGCUGGAUAUACGCUUAUUACAGUUUCGAAUACAAAUGGAUAAAUCGAGGAUGGAAGUUGGAACAACGAAUUCAAUAUUUUGAAGAAAAGUGGGCUUACUUUGCAGGAUUUGGUUUCACUUUUACAGUUUUGACUUUUUUUAUUGAUCAAUUUUUGAGCGCUGGAGUCUUCGCGCUCUUUUUUCCACUUUACAUCAUUAUGGCCAAUAAUGCGCGUCCAAUGCCAAGGCAGGAUGAACGAGCGCGAUUUUCAUCAUCGAUUCCAUAUAGGUUACCCGUGUUUUGGGUGGCAAGAAAGCUUAAUGACAAAUUAAUAACUUGUUUUUCGUAG